AUGGCUGAGGCGCCGCGCAACGGGGACGAGCCGCCCUCCAACGUGGAGAUAGAUCCGGAUUUCGAGCCCCAGAAGCGGCCGCGCUCCUGCACUUGGCCGCUGCCUCGACCGGAGUCUGGUGCGGGCAAACCCGGGGCCAAUGACACUGACGUAAUCCCCGAGGAGGAGGAUGAUGAGGAGGGUGGGAGCUCCGGGAGCGGCGCUGCUCAGAAAGCCAGCGGUGCCAUCAAACCCAGGGAGCCGAGCAGCAGCAGUAGCUCCAGCUCCCAGCCGGUGGAGGUCCAGCGCGGCCCCCGCAAGGAGGAGGCCGCCGACGGCUCGCCUUCCUCGGCGCAGACCCCCCCUGCAGCCCUGGGCGGCUCAGCCUCCCAGCAGCUGAGGAAGUCCUCCGCCCGCAGGAAUGCCUGGGGCAACUACUCCUAUGCAGACCUCAUUACCCAAGCCAUCGAGAGCUCCCCCGAGAAGAGGCUGACCUUGUCCCAAAUCUAUGACUGGAUGGUGAGGUCUGUGCCAUAUUUCAAGGACAAAGGCGACAGCAACAGCUCUGCCGGCUGGAAGAAUUCCAUCCGACACAAUCUGUCCCUCCAUAGCCGUUUUGUGAAGGUCCAGAAUGAAGGAUCAGGGAAAAGCUCCUGGUGGAUGGUCAACCCAGAAGGUGGGAAAGGUGGCAAAGCUCCCCGACGACGGGCUGUUUCUAUGGAUAACAGUAAGUACAUUAAAGGAGCCCGAGGACGAGCCACCAAGAAGAAGGCCUCGCUGCAGGCCGCUCAAGACGGCAGCUCCGAGAGCUCGUCCAGCCUCUCAAAGUGGACAGGAAGUCCCACCUCCCGCAGCAGCGAUGAGCUGGAUGCCUGGACAGACUUCCGCUCCCGGACCAACUCCAACGCCAGCACACUCAGCGGUCGUCUGUCCCCGAUCCUGGCCAACCUGGAGCUGGACGAGGUGCCCGACGACGACUCGCCCCUCUCCCCGAUGCUGUACUCCAGCCCCAGCAGCAUGUCUCCGUCCACGGGCCCCACGGGACUCUCCGACCUGGCAGGUACCAUGAACCUCAACGACGGGCUCUCCGACAACCUGAUGGACGAUCUUUUAGACAAUAUCAGCCUGACGGCAUCCCAGCAGCCUCCUCCUGGAGAGGAAGACAACGGAGCCAACGGUCAGGGGAGCUCGGUGUUUACCUUCAGCUGCUCGGGAAGCAGCCUGGGUAGCCCAUCUGGCAGCUACGGGCCGAACCCCCUGUUCAGCCCUCCGUCCAUCACAAGCCUCCGGCAGUCGCCCAUGCAGACCAUCCAGGAGAACAAGCAGACCACCUUCUCCUGCAUCUCCCACUUCGGCGACCACCAGACGCUGCAGGAUCUGCUCAGCCUGGACUCCCACAGCCACAGCAACGUCAUGCUCACCCAGUCCGACCCUCUGAUGUCGCAGGCCAGCACCGCCAUCGCCCUGCAGAACUCCCGCCGAAACGCCAUGCUGCUCCGCAAGGACCAUGUGCUGGCGAACCACACCGGUGCCGGUCAGGCCCAAAGCUCUUCAGUGCCUGGUUGGCAAGCUGGCUUGUCGACCUCGGACCACGACGCCGGCCACGCCGACGCCAAGCAGCUGAAGUCUCCCAGUAAGAACGCCUCUAUGCAGCUCAGCCAGGACCGCUUUCCCGCCGACCUGGACCUCGACGUCUUCAACGGCAGCCUGGAGUGCGACAUGGACUCCAUCAUCCGCAAUGAACUGAUGGACGCGGAUUGCCUGGACCUCAGCUUCGACUCUCGCCUCACCUCCGCCCAGAACGCCAACAGGAAUUCAGGAAGUUUCUCCAGCUCCAAACAGACAUCGCCCCAGAGCUGGGUGCCAAGCUGAGAAGUGAGAGCUAGAAGUGGGGGGAAAAUGUAAAUCGGGGCUCAUUGUGCAACUAGAGGGAAGAAGGAAGUAUGUAAAAGUGUAUUUAUGUAGUAUUUUUGUUUAUCAUUAUUUUUAAGGUGAGGCAUUACGUUUGAUACUGUAUUGGUGUCUUCGCAGUGGAGAGAAACUAAAUCAUUGAAAGGACCGAUGCCUGGACGGUAGCAGAGACGGGAAUGAAAGUGCGGGACAUUUUGUUAAUAUGGAAAGCAUCAACUCGUGUUAGUCUCAGGGAAUCACUCGUAUCACAAAGUGAUACAUGAAACUGAAGAUGAAUUUCACCCUGCUUUCUCUCCUCUUUCACACCCUUUCAUAACUUAAAAAAAAACAAAAAAAAAACAUUUUUUGCCAAACCAGCUGUUGGCCUGUUGUUUGCCGACAGCCUGUUUACAGAAAAAAGCUGCAGAGAAUGUUACACUAUUACGCUCGAGCGGUGGAUACUUGACAAGCUUUUUCUCUUCUUUUUUGGGGGGUUUCUUUUAAGAGCUGUAGCUUAAAUGGACUAAAACAUUAAAAAAAUGUUAAUGAAAAGCUUUUCUCCCCCCUCCAUUGAUGCACCGAGUCACCAAAUAUCAAUCUUGUAGAAGUUAAAAUGUUAUCAAGAUGUGAACUGAUCUACAUUGUGUGGUUUUUGUAUGUAACGUUUCUUUGUUUUUUUUUAAUUUGUAACAAAAAAAAGAAGCAGAUUUUACCCUGUGAUUUUUAGUGACAUUACUGUGAAUUCUGUUCCUUCUGAAGCGGUGCAUUAAUUACUGAAGUAUUGAUACUAAGAGGUUUCUGCUGCGGAUCCCUUUUCACCGUUUCCCUCCUCCUUUUCCCCGUCACCGCACCAUUGGAAAAGUACUGCUCUGUACACAGAUUAGGGACAUGGUUUAGUUCUAGUCGACACCAUUUCGCAUUAGCAAACACUUAGGACUACUUGGAUUAAAAUAACCACACGGAGUGAAGCCACAGCACUCGAUUAUGACAUUUCUGGUGUUAAUCUGGAGGCGUUCUUGGUGCUAUAAAUACAAAAGAUAGCGGGGAGUGGCAGCGUCAGUAGCCUCUCCUUUGUUAUCAGCACUAUAGCAGGUGCUGGGGGGUGAAAAAAAGUGUUUCCAACCCUGUGCAAGGAGGAGGGUGUGUAGUAUGUUAGAGCCAGUAUUUUAAAUAUUACCAAAUUUUUUUCUGCAUUUAAAUAAGUGGAAACAAGAGAAUAUACAGUACAUAGAUAUUAGGAACCAGUGCUAUAAGGGCAAAAAAAAGACAAAACAUCAGCACAGUUUUGUAGGAACAGCAGGAUGAUGUCUUCUAAGUUUACUUUAUUCUUUUUUUCUAACACCUGGAAGCAGAUGACGGACGUUUAGGGUGAAUUUGUCUUCUUGCUAAUUUGACCUUGCCCGUUGUAAAGGACACAUAUUUGGUUUAUUCAUUUCAUUCUCCCUCCAUGUACAGAGCUGUAUAAAAUGACUUUUAUUCGUUUGUCCUUUCAGAUUAACCUACAUUUGACCGCCUCAGUUGCUUAUCGAUCGGGACGAAUGCCAAAUGGUCCCUGAAAUUCUGUGAGCCGUUAGAGUUGGAAAUCCAAACGUUGCACCCAGACUUGUUGACUUUAACACUUUAAAUGCUGAAUCCCACUGACUUAACCUUUAAAUAAAUUUUGCAUCUUGUUGCAUCUUAAAAGAUGAGUGUUUUUGAGUCAAACUCACUGCCAACGUCCCACAUUUCGUUUCCUCCUAUUGCUCCUACAAAACAAACAAGUGACAUCAAGUUGCCAGUUGUGAUUCCGAUUCUUCUCUUGGUUUUCAUCAGAGAUGGUGCAUGUAAAUAAAGCUUAAAGAACGACUGAAAA